GUCAGUCUUCACUCGGUUUCUGUCGGUGUGUGUGUGCCUUGCUCUGUCCUCCUCUCUCUCUCUCUCUCUCGGUGUGUGUGUGUUUAAAUCGUGUGUGUGUGUGUGUGUGUGUCGGUGUUUUCGGCGAACAAACCUGCACAGAUGGCGACUAAGUUCUCAGAUCUGGAGCUGGCCAUCAACACGUUGGUCACAGAGUUUCAUAAAGCCGCAGACGACGGGCCGACCAUGAACACCACACAGUUUCAGACCAUGCUCUCCAAUCAGAUGCCUGCGUUCGCCAAGACGGUGGAGGGCGAGGACGCUCUGGCUCAGGUUCUACAGCAGAUGGGCGUUGAGAACGGUCAGGACAUCUCCUUCGAGAACGUCUGGACUCUGAUCAACAAACAGGCCGUCCAGCUGUUCAGCUCCACGCCCAAAGACAAGAGCAUCAAGUGUGGCUGCCUGCUGCAGUGACCCACCUGGAGACACCUGAGGACACCUGGAGACACCUGAGGACACCUGAAGACACCUGAGGACACCUGAAGACACUCGAUGACACCUGACAACACCUGGAGACACCUGAAGACACCUGAAGACACCUGAGGACACCUGA